AUGGCCCAUUUAAUUUUUUGGAUUCUGUUUCUCCAUCUAAAAAUGGACAUGGGUCACGCCUGGGUGGCCAGUAACUUCCUAAUGACAGGACCAAAGGCCUACCUCACCUAUGCAAAAAGCGUGCAGGUGGGCACGCACAAUGGAAUUGAGGAGUGCAAACACCAGUUUGCGUGGGACAGAUGGAACUGCCCUGACAGCGAAACCCAUCCCAAAGGUCUGAGAAGAGCCACCAGAGAAACAUCUUUCGUCCAUGCCAUCAGUGCUGCUGGAGUCAUGUACACUCUGAGCAGGAACUGCAGCCUGGGAGACCUUGAAAACUGUGGCUGCGAUGUCUCCAAUAAUGGGAAAACUGGUGGCCGCGGUUGGUUAUGGGGUGGCUGCAGUGACAACUUGGAAUUUGGUGAAAAGAUUUCCAAACAGUACGUGGAUGCACAGGAGACAGGCCAGGACUCAAGAGCCGCAGUAAAUUUGCACAACAACGCGGCAGGACGGCAAGCCGUGAAGGCAACGACGAAACGCGUCUGCAGGUGCCACGGCAUGUCAGAGAGCUGCAGCCUGCAAACGUGCUGGACGCAGUUGUCCGAUUUUAGAGAAAUCGGCAAUUACUUAAAGAUCAAAUACACCCAGGCGCAAAAGCUGGACACCGACAAGAGGCGCGUGAGGGCCGGAAACAGCGCCGACAGCCGGGGAGCCAUCGUGGACGCGUUUGGCGGUGUUGCCCAGACAGAGCUCAUCUACCUGGAGGACUCGCCCGACUACUGUAAGAGGAACGCCAGCGUGGGGCUCCACGGCACGGAGGGCAGGGAGUGUCUGCAACACGGAGCCGGGCUGACCCAGUGGGAGCGCCGGAGCUGCCGCCGGCUGUGCCACGAGUGCGGCCUGAGAGUGGAAGAGAGGCGCGCGGAGGUGGUGAGCAGCUGCAACUGCAAGUUCCACUGGUGCUGCAGGGUGAAUUGCGAGGACUGCUCUCAGGUCAUAGUCAAGCAUGUGUGUGCAAAGAGGGAAGCCGGGGACGGGUAUGCUGUCUGGCGGAGAUACCGUGGACCCAAAUGAAAAAUAUGAGUUUGUAAAUAUUUGUAUUUUUGUCUGUAUAGCUGCACUUUCUAUUAAUCAAUGUCCGUGUUUCCUU